CUAAAGUGCUGCUGUCUGUUCUAGGUGUAGAUUAUUUCUAUGUCUCAGGACAUUUUCGGCAGGCACCGACGACAGCGAUCAUGGAGGCGUCGAUGGCCAUCGGUCCCGCCGAAAACGCGCUCGCUAUCAACGAGGGCAUAUUAAUCGGGGAUAAAGUUUAUUCUGAAGUCUUCCUCACCAUAGACAAUUCUCUGAUCCCGGAGGAAAAGCUCUCCCCUACCCCGUCUAUGCAGGAUGGCCUGGACCUCCACACCGAGACCUAUCUGCGGAUCCUGGGCUGUGAGCUCAUCCAGUCCGCCGGGAUUCUGCUGCGCAUGCCGCAGGUUGCUAUGGCGACCGGACAAGUGCUUUUUCAUCGCUUCUUCUACUCGUUGUCCUUCGUGAAACAUAGUUUCGAGAUUGUUGCCAUGGCCUGCAUUAAUCUGGCUUCAAAAAUUGAAGAAGCCCCUCGAAGAGUAAGGGACGUCAUCAAUGUCUUUCAUCAUUUAAGACAGCUCCGAGGCAAAAGGAGUCCAAGCCCAUUGAUACUUGAUCAGAACUACAUAAACACCAAAAACCAGGUGAUAAAAGCUGAGCGGCGCGUGCUGAAGGAGCUGGGCUUCUGCGUCCAUGUCAAACACCCACACAAGAUUAUAGUCAUGUACCUACAAGUUCUUGAAUGUGAGAAGAAUCAAACGUUGGUCCAGACUGCCUGGGUAGUCCAAGAUGGUAAGUGUCAUAAAGAACCUCUGAACUCUGCUCCUCCAACCACAUGACCUCAGGAAUCUGCCCCCCCUAUUGGCUGCCCUUCUCGAGACAGCCAAUCCAGUGAGAGCUCUCUGCCCGAGAAUCACUGAAGGGGGCCUUUUCCAGCUGCCUGCAGCAUCUUGUUUUCUUGGGGUUGUCAAAAAGGAUUUGUAUUUUUGUUUCUGCCUCAAUUCUCCAGUUUUAUCACUCUCUCUCUUAAUUGUUUGGUUUCACAUUUCAAAGGUAGUUUUAAAGCCUGAAUAAUUUGCACUUCAUUGACCCAUCUCUAAAGUUUAUCAACUAGGUUUUACUAGGUAUAAGCAGUUUAUUCAAUUCUGAGUGCUGCGUUAUUUUAAAUUGCAGUGUUAGUUUACCCAAAAAUGAAAGUUGCUCUCAUUUAUUUACCUGGUAUUGUUUCAAACACUUGUGACUUUUUCUUUAAAAGCAUUUUGAAGAAUGUUCAUGCUGUUUUCCGUACAAUGAAGGCAUACAGUGACUAUGGGCUUUCAAGCUCCAAAAAGAUAACAGGGUGCAGUUUUCCCAGUCAUUGUAAAUUAUAUGAUAAAAAUGCCCAAAUAUCCUGGAAAAUAUUUUAUUCUAAUAAAACUGUAGUAACUAUGUCGCUAACAAGGCUUUUGAUGUAUGUUACAUGCACAAAAACAUGUAACAAUCAGGAUUUGAAAGUGUAAAAAAAGCAUUGUGAAACAACAUCAGCUGUUGACUGUCAUGAACGAAGCCUGUCAUGUACAUUCUCUGCUAAUCUGCUGUAAUUUCUGCUUUGCUCUGAGUUUAAGUAAGUUUAUAUGAUAUAAUAGUUUAAGUAUUGAUAUAGUGCCAAACAUUUUUGUUGUUCCAAAUAACAUGUUGUCUUAAUUACAAAAACAUUUUGAGUUAUAAAAUUAAGACAGUGGUGCAGAUUUUUUUGGUAAGUGAGUUCACACCCUGAGGUGGUUUGAGUGGUGAUGUGGCCUUUAAACCUCGGAAUGUGAAUUCGUUUUUAAUAAUUCAUAAAUUGAACGUCCGCUGUUACCACAUUUACCGUAGUUUGCAGAAAACACCAACAGAAUCCAUGGAAUUGGCAAAUAAUAAAGAUGUAAAUGUAAUAUAUACUUAAUAUAAUUCAGCUCAUUAAAAUGCAAUACAUAAUUGUGGCAGAUGAGUAAGGCAUUAAGAAAACAAUAUACAAGGUGGCUUUUGAAGGAAAUAGUUUGGUUAUUUCCAUUUUAUUGAACAAACACUCACUGAGCACUUUAUUAGGAGCACUAUGGUCCUAAUAAUCUGCCCACCAUGGUCUUCUGUUGUUGUAGCCCAUUCGCCUCAAGGUUUGAAGUGUUGGGCAUCUAUGAAUAAGUAGGUGUACAGGUGUAUCUAAUAAAGUGCUCAAUCAGUGUAAGCCUUACAUUGGCCUGCAAUCGAUUUUGCAAUUGAAUGCGUAAAUCUGUCCAUGACAGAUUUAUUAUAAGGGCUUUUCUAAGGUGGCAUCGAUGUACACUUGCACGCUUUUGAAACGUCUCACUUCGUUUGUGUCACUUCAUAUAAACAUAGCUUUCUUGGGUCGCUGUGUCAAGUUAAAUGUUAAAAAAACGUCUCUACACCCAUGCAUUCAUAAUUGCGUUCCACCCAGCUGUGUAUUUAAUGCAAGAAUGCGUUCUCAUCUUGUGCUUUUGCUAAUGUAAAGCAUGCCUGAGUGUGGAUUAGUCUCUGUAAAGCUGCGUGUUUCUUACACAGCUGGAGGUUCGCUUACUGCCCACUGCUGAGAACAGGUGGUGUUUCAAGCUUGAAAUGCUCCAGUGGUUAAAAUAUUUCUUAUGCCAUUGGGACAUGAUUAAUUGUUAAUAUUUUUAUAUAAGUAAUUGCACUGAAUUAACACUUUCAAUUGACAGCCCUUAAAAAUACAUUAAACACAAUAUAGUGCCUCUUUUUCUUUUAAAAUAUAGAUAUGGUAUGACCGAUUAUUGAAUUCUGUUUCAAGUUCUGAUUUAUAUCUGCUCUUUUGAGAUCUUAAAUGAUUGGCAACAAACUGCUGAGGGCACUUAAUUCUAAAUAUUUCUUACUGAAAAUGAAGAAUCGUUAAUGUACCUGUUAAGAUAUUGAAAGAGAGAAAUCAUAGCCGGAAUCAUUAAAUUCCUUAGAAUUCCCACCACUAGUGCUUUCAAUGUCUGGAAAAGAGCUGUGAACAUUCUGCUAAACAUCCAUGUGUUUCACAGGAGUCUUAAGAGUUUUAAACAACAUAAGGGUGAGUAAAUGACUGAAUUUUAAUAUUUGAUUCAAUUAUAUCUUCAAAUACAUUUGUUGCCAUUCAUUUGGAUGACCAGUUGUGUUUAGUAACUUGUUUCUGCUCAGUCUACAUCUUGAAUGACCUGUUUCAUACUCUGGAUCUGUGGUGUUUAUGUUCCAGCACAAUACACAUAUACUAGCCACUAUGAUGGCAAGCAGAACGUUUGGGUCCACACUGUGUGUGUGUGUCUGUCUGCUUUAGAGAGCUUUGCAUCCCAUAUUUGGUAGAAUUUAAAGAUUUUUGUCUGUCCACAAGUCUACUCUCAGCCAUCUAGCCUAAUACAACAGAAGAUGUGAAUUUGUCCAUUCUCAGAGCAACUGCUCUUCAAACCUACUCGCAGUCAUGCUUUGACUCCUGGUCACCAUACGCAACGCAUGCCAUACUGUGUUAUGAGUCGCUUGCAGUCAUCUUUGCUACAUCCUGCUCCUUGUUUCUUUCCAUUUUAAACUCGUGUGCCUUUUAUAUGGAAAGUUGAACUAUUUAAGAUGGCACUGGUACCCUAGUCAUUUGAAAGGAAAUGAUGGAAUUGGAUAUUUAAGUCACUUUUUUGCAUGUUUUGUUUUUGACAACCCCCCACACCAGUGAGCUUGUGUUUGUGCACAGGGGUGCACUGGACAUGUAUGUGUGCUUGUUCACACUGCCUGCAUGCAUAACGCUGGUAUAGAGCAACUGAGGAAUGUGAGGCAGAGAGAGGAAAAGGACAAAGUUAAACUCAAUUCUCCAUUUAUUUAUUUUCGUCUUUCUGCAUCGUGAGAAAUCUAAAAAAUGUAAGGAAUGUUAUAAAUGCAGAACAACCCACACGGGGAGAUGGCAAUGUUGUGCUUCACCUUUUGUGUUGCAGGAACUA